GUCGACACCAAAAGAUUCUCAACCGGAUUAAGUUUAGUCCCAGGAACAUUGUUCUCCAACUGAGAUCUGGGGAAAUCUGAUUGUCGUGCACAGCAGAACAUCUUUUUAGUUCUCGGAUCAAGGUAGAGUUCUACAACAUAUUCUCGAUCGCCCAAUACAACAAAACGGCUGUCCGACAUGUCGUCCCUAAGCGCCUCUCGAUCAGUCCUGUCUUCUGUGGAACGAUCACUCUGCUCAAGAUGUCUAUAUCGUCACACCACCUCCGGUCUUCGCUGGAACUCGACCACUGCAGCACCGAGCUCCCCGUUGCUGGCCAAACUCAAACAGGAUUUGAAAGCUGCUAUGCGGGCUAAGGACCAAGCCAGACUAACCGUGAUCCGCGGCACAAUCUCAGAGAUCAACCAAGCCGCCAGCUCCUCCACGCCGAUCAAAACAGACAUGCAGAUCCUGGCCCUGCUCCGAAAGCGGCGCUCGUCGAGCGAGACGGCUAAGAAGGAGGCCAUCGACGCAAACCGACCCGAGUUCCUGGAGAAGUUGGAUUCGGAAAUUGCGGUCGUCGAUGAACUCAUGGGCACUGUCUCCAUGAUGGACGUGGGCGAGAUGCGCAGCAUCGUACGAGCCACGGUAGAGUCAUUAAGAGGAGGUCAGAAAGGAGGAGGAGGAGAAGGGGGAGAACUUAAGCCCGGACCUGUCAUGAAAGAACUCCUACGUCCCGGAGGACCGUUGGAGGGUAAACCCUUGGAUAACAAAGUGCUCUCUGAGGUGGUCAGGGAAGAGUGCUUUAGUAAGCAUGGCAAUAACUAAGGUCACACAGCCUUGUUGUAUCAACAUGCAAUGAGAGCACAUUCACGACUCCGGGAGGCGGAUAGAGUACUGCUCCAGCGCCUCACAGUGGAGAAUACUGUAAUUUCUGGUUUGAAGCCAGUUACUAGCCUCCUGAAAGAGAAGGUUCUUUCAAGUCUAGAGAUGACUCUGUAUCAUAGAUAAUCCAUGUAUAAAAGCCGAGAUCUUCGUUCCG